UGCCCUUCCCCCGCUUAGCGGGGCGGGGGUAAGGGAAGAGAAAAAUAAUACAAUUUCAGGGGAAGUCGCCUUCAGGUCUACUGCCUUUUUUUUUUUUUUUGUAAAUAAUAAUAAUAAAAAGGGACAUAGGAAACUCCAGUCUUGAACUUCACUUCAAGAACCCGGGCUGCAAAGGAAAUCUCCUUUGUUUUGUUAUUUAUAUGCUGUCAAGUUUUGAAGUGUUCUGCCAGGUGAUCUGUAAGACAGUGACUGAGUAUGGAUCAUUUGAACGAGGCAACUCAGGGGAAAGAGCAUUCAGAAAUGUCUAACAAUGUGAGCGAUCCGAAGGGUCCACCAGCCAAGAUUGCCCGCCUGGAGCAGAACGGGAGCCCACUAGGAAGAGGAAGGCUUGGGAGCACAGGUGCAAAGAUGCAGGGAGUGCCUUUGAAACACUCGGGCCAUCUGAUGAAAGCCAACCUUAGAAAAGGAACGAUGCUCCCAGUUUUCUGUGUGGUGGAACAUUAUGAAAACGCCAUUGAGUAUGAUUGCAAGGAGGAGCAUGCGGAGUUUGUGUUGGUGAGAAAGGAUAUGCUUUUCAACCAGCUGAUAGAGAUGGCGUUGCUGUCUCUGGGCUAUUCGCACAGCUCUGCUGCCCAGGCCAAAGGGCUCAUCCAGGUUGGGAAGUGGAACCCAGUUCCACUGUCAUAUGUGACAGAUGCCCCUGACGCUACGGUAGCGGAUAUGCUUCAAGAUGUGUAUCAUGUGGUCACACUCAAAAUCCAGUUACACAGUUGCCCCAAACUAGAAGACUUGCCUCCAGAACAAUGGUCGCACACCACAGUAAGGAAUGCUCUGAAGGACUUACUGAAAGAUAUGAAUCAGAGUUCGUUGGCCAAGGAGUGCCCCCUUUCACAGAGCAUGAUCUCCUCCAUUGUGAACAGCACGUACUAUGCAAAUGUCUCGGCAGCAAAAUGUCAAGAAUUUGGAAGGUGGUACAAACAUUUCAAGAAGACAAAGGAUAUGAUGGUUGAAAUGGAUAGUCUGUCUGAACUGUCCCAGCAAGGCACCAACCAUGUCAACUUUGGCCAGCAGCCGGUCCCAGGGAACACAGCUGAGCAGCCACCAUCUCCUGCACAGCUCUCCCAUGGCAGCCAGCCCUCUGUCCGGACCCCUCUUCCGAACCUGCACCCUGGGCUUGUGUCAACACCUAUCAGUCCUCAGCUGGUCAACCAGCAGCUGGUGAUGGCCCAGCUGCUCAACCAGCAGUAUGCCGUGAACAGACUCCUAGCCCAGCAGUCGUUAAACCAGCAGUACUUGAACCACCCUCCCCCUGUCAGUAGGUCCAUGAAUAAGCCUUUGGAGCAGCAGGUUUCAACCAACACGGAGGUCUCUUCAGAAAUCUACCAGUGGGUGCGGGACGAGCUGAAACGAGCGGGAAUCUCCCAGGCAGUGUUUGCACGCGUGGCUUUCAACAGAACUCAGGGACUGCUUUCUGAAAUCCUCCGAAAGGAAGAGGACCCCAAGACUGCAUCCCAGUCUCUGCUGGUAAACCUUCGGGCUAUGCAGAACUUCUUACAGUUGCCAGAAGCCGAAAGAGACCGGAUAUACCAGGAUGAGAGGGAACGGAGCCUGAACGCCGCCUCGGCCAUGGGUCCUGCCCCACUGCUGAGCACUCCGCCCAGCCGUCCCCCCCAGGUGAAAACAGCCACUCUUGCCACUGAGAGGAAUGGGAAACCAGAGAACAAUACUAUGAACAUCAAUGCCUCCAUUUAUGACGAGAUUCAGCAGGAAAUGAAGCGUGCUAAAGUGUCCCAAGCACUCUUUGCAAAGGUUGCUGCCACAAAAAGCCAGGGAUGGUUGUGUGAGCUCUUACGCUGGAAAGAAGAUCCUUCUCCAGAAAACAGGACCCUGUGGGAGAACCUGUCCAUGAUCCGACGGUUCCUUAGUCUUCCUCAGUCUGAGCGUGAUGCCAUCUAUGAGCAGGAGAGCAAUGCUGUGCAUCACCAUGGCGACAGGCCGCCCCACAUCAUCCAUGUUCCAGCAGAACAGAUUCAGAGCCCCUCUCCCAGCACCCUUGGCAAAGGAGAGAGUAGAUGCGCUUCCCUACCAGGCCUGCUGACCCCCGCACCAUGGCCCAGUGCUGCUCCUCAGCAGCAGCAACAGCAGCAGCAACAGCAGCAGCCGCCACCUCCUCCUCAGCCGCAGCCCCAGCCCCAGGCAGGCCCCAGGCUGCCUCCACGGCAGCCCACGGUGGCUUCGUCUGCAGAGUCCGAUGAGGAAAACCGGCAGAAGACCAGGCCACGAACCAAAAUUUCUGUGGAAGCCCUGGGGAUUCUUCAGAGCUUCAUCCAGGACGUGGGUCUGUACCCGGAUGAAGAGGCCAUCCAGACUCUGUCUGCGCAGCUCGACCUGCCCAAGUACACCAUCAUCAAGUUCUUUCAGAACCAGCGGUACUAUCUCAAGCACCAUGGCAAGCUGAAGGACAACUCCGGCUUGGAGGUGGAUGUGGCGGAAUACAAAGAAGAGGAGCUGCUGAAGGAUUUGGAAGAGAGCGUCCAGGAUAAAAACGCCAACACCCUCUUCUCCGUGAAGCUGGAGGGAGAGCUGUCCGUGGAAGGGAGCACAGACAUUAACGCCGACUUGAAAGACUGAGAAUUUUUGUUUCAGCUGUACCACUGGUAUUUACUAACAAAAUGAAAAGUCCAUCUUGUGUUCACUCAGAAAGCGUUCAUAGUUUAUUGUUUGGCUGAUGAAUCUUCAGAAACUUGCACAAACAGGAAGUUGGAAGAACAUGGCAGCACGAAAGGUUACUGUUUUCCCGGACUGCAUGGCAGCCCCAGUGAAGCGUCAAGGGUUGUCUGAUGGCAGAAUUUGUGUUCAAGGGUUGCACUGCGUGUGUGCGCACCCUGUCAGCAUGAUACCAGAGAUUGGUUUUCCUUUUAAUUAAUAUUAUUCUGGAGCCUCAAAUAAGCAUUAUAACUUCUGUGAUUAUGAUUGCCUUUCCUUUAAUUAUUUCUGUGACACUCCACACUGGUCUUUGGAAACUGGCCCCUUAUUUUAAAGAGAAAAGGAAAAAAAAGUUUGUUACUCGAUUGUAUGUUAAAAAAGAACUAUAGACUGUGGACUGCAGUUUAAAGAUGACAUAUGCCAACAAAUGCCUUGUAGUAUAUGGCACUGCCGUAAUUAAAAUCUGUUUUUUUAUUUUGGAAAUAAAAGUUCACUGUAAUUUUUUUUUCAUUCUCAUUGUUACAUAAUUAAUUGUUACAUGAUUUUUUUUUAAGGAAAAGAAAAUGUGAAACACAGUUUAGUCCUCGUUAUUUAUUUGUAGAUCCUGCAGCAUCAUGUUGUAAUUAAGUUUCUGGAAGUUUCUGUUAAAUGUAAUGUUGCUUCUCUUGUUACCAUACUGUUUUCCUUUCUAUUUAUAACUGUAUUUUGAUGGGCAGUAAAACAAAGUGUCUUAAAAGUUUAAAUAGAGAAAUGUGCUUUACACAGUUGCCUAUAAAAGUCUGUUAUCCGAGCAAUUCACUCUAGAAGCUUCACUCUGUGUGGUAUGCAAUUUUUACUAUCAUGCAAAUAAGCUUAGGUAAAUAAAACUAAUAGAUCACCUUAGAAAAUUAUGCAAUUAAUGUGAAAAUAAUUGAUGUUUGCAAUGUGUCUUCCUUUGGUUUACAAUCAAUUUUAAAGCGACAUCUGUAUAAAAUUUCUGUAUAAAGGUGUAUUUCUUUUUUAUGAGUUUAUGACUAUGAAAACACCAGCUAUUUUGUUACAGCUGCUGUUUUUAUAAGUGUAUCACAAUUUUCUUUAUGCAGAAAUGUGCUUAUUAGGAGUGGUUAUGACUGUAACUACACGAUUAAAAUUGUUUGUAUGGUAUGCCAUGGCAGGGUUCGUCUGCUUAUGUGACCAAGCUCAAGGGCGGUGUGUCGUGUAGGUGCACGCAUGCUCUUGAUAACCUGUAAAAGAACUACUGCACACUCACCCGGAUCACCAAGUUCAAGUCACACAUGCUCAGUUUUAAGCAGGUAUGAAAUUUCACAAUGCAGAUGAUAAUUAGUUUUGCUCACUAUACAGGACAAAGACUCCAACAGAAACAUGAAUUACUCUAGAAUUAAGUACUUGGAAUGGCUAUAUCUGCUUUUUUCUCACGAUCCUCCAAUUAUGGCAGUAGUUUUCUUUAAGAUGGGGUGUGUUUUUCAAUAUCAUUAAUAAUAUAAAUAAGGGAACAACCGGACCUGUGAGAACCCUUCAUAUUAAGCAUUCUGGGGGAGGGGGUGUUUUGUUUAGAUUUAUUUGACACAUGAUAAAAGUAGGGAAGGUACAAUACCUUGAGUUCAUUUGGCCUCCUUUGUCAAAAUGUAUCUACAUGAAGAAAGGAAGAGUAACCCUGCUGGAACCCGAACGCCAUCUUCUCAACUGCUGUGCCGCACCCCUGUGGCAGGCCCGGUGCAAGCAAGGGGUAUUGUGCAUGAAAAAAAAAGCUGCUGCCUGUUGAAAGCUAAUUUCAGUUCUUUCUGUUAGGUGAGAAAACAAUGCAAACUACCUUGUUUGCUGGAGUUCAGAAAAGUAAUCACGUGAACCAAAGGCAUUUGAAUCAGGAUACUGUAAGCUAAAUUUCAAAUGUUUAAAAAUAAAUAGCAUUUCACUAACUAAAAAUUGUCGCCCACGUCCUCCUCUUCCCCAAGUUAAAAGAGUCAGCAGAGGAUCAGAGAAAUUGAUGUCUUUUUUUUUAUUAUUUCAUUUUAAACAGCCCCAUACUUAGGACAUCAAAUAGGUAUAGAAUUUGGUAGUAUUUGGGAUGAUCUCUCCUAGGAAAUGACUGUGUUGGAAAGCAACACCAUUGUGCCAGCAAAAUUAUCAGAUCUUUUACAUUUAUGGUCUGCAUGGUUUUGUUAUUUUACGAUAAAGCACAUGUUAGCAAAUGGGGCCAUGAUGGAGUGUGCAGAAUUGUUGAAAACCGCACAUUUUGGAAGAUGUCUCCUAGUAACCCAUGUUGCUCCCCCAGUGUCAUUGUAACCCACGUCUCUCUUCUUCCUGCUGCUUACGGCUAUUGAUUAUUUCUUUAACAAGCUUCAUUGUGUCCCGGUAUUCCGGAGAUGUUUACACACUGGGCAUGACAUAGUGCUUCGUGCGGUUAAGACUUAGCAGAGUCAGGUAGUUUACGAGUAAUACUUAGCUGUGUGCAUCCGAGUCUGUCAUGGAUCCCUUCACUCAGCACUUUGCCACUAAUUUGUAUGACACUCUGUGGCCAUAUAAUACUUGCAUAUUAUGCAAAAAAAAAUGAUGUUGAUCGUAUCUUCCUGCCACACAACAUGCAGGGCUGACACGUCACCUGUGAAAAUGCGUGUGCCCUACUGUGUUGCACUUCGUAACAAAGUCUGUACAUAUGUACAAAAUGUGUAUUGACUGGUGUUUAGUAGUACGAAGACCUUCUGAGCUGGCGUCCACCCCUAGUAGUAUCUAUAGUUGACUAUGCUUAUCUGAACUACAUAGCUUGAGUAGAAAAAAUUCCAGCGGUUCAGGAGUGUCCUGACAAAGUGUCCCACACAUACUAUAUCUAAUUCUUCCGUAGUCCCAAUUGUUCACAUGUGGCUGAUGACAAGAUCCUUGAUUGUCACAAUAUUUUCAAUAAAUGAGAUACUAUGAACUGCCUGGUGAUAUUUUCAACAAGAGCAAUUAAAAUGUGUAUGGCCUGUAUUAUAGCAACGGGGAUGAGUCUACUGUGCUAACGCCAGCCAGAAUGUGGAUGGCAGGGUGGGAACAGCAGCUCCAAAGCAGGAGCCAUCCAAAACGUUAGUGGAAGGAAUUCUCAGUGCUCCUUCUGAAAAAUUCUCUAAAUGUAAAUAGUGGAUACUUGCAUGUCUUUAGACGAAAGUUGAGCUACAAUCUACUAAUACGCACAAUUUUUGAUAUAAAGUGCCCUCAAACGAAAUGUGGUGAAAGGUGUUUGUCAAGAAUACGAUACCUGUUUAACAAUACCAUAUUAAUCCAUGUUAAUAAAAUAGUUUGGAAUUAAUGUUUAAA